CACCACCUCCUCAAUGUCUCAAAACGGCUCGUCACUCCCGACAUGCGGCCGGACUUUGCGUCGAUGCGCUCGGUCCGAGCGCUAUAACACUCACCGACUAGCAGCAAUUACCGAAGCGCGCGGUAACCAGUCUGAAAUGAGCGAGAAUUCCGCCCCUGGGCCUUUGGGGCAGCGCUCCAGGUCUGAAGGCGUUAUCCAUACCACACAAGGCGUGAGGUUCGAAGACAAGUGCCGAAAAUACCAGUCGCGACUAGACUAUCUUAUGGUGGUCGCAGCAGAUCCAUGCAGCUCCGAGAGCAACGCGAAGCUUGCUCAGAAGGCACUUCGCUACCGCAACAAAACCCGGAGCGGCGAUGCGCGACCAGCAAAGCAGCUAUACCAGCGUGAAAUCGCAGCACCGAUAUAUUAAUUAGACUACAAAUAACCAGAACAAAUACCACCCAUUUUGAUGAAAUCUGUUUGAGAUCGGUA